AAUCCACUGCACGUUGCUUUUUCAGAUGGAACCUACAUUUCGUAGGACGAUGUAUACCAUGCGUAUCGCGUACAUAUAACUAAAUACAACUUAAAACGAAAUAUAUUCUGUCGCUUUAAUCUAAUACAACGUGCAACUAAAAAUGCUCUGUAGCUUUAAGACGAACAUGGAUAGGAUUAAAAAGAGGAAGUGAGCACACAGCGGAGUUUCGUUUCCCUAAUGAAAGUUUUAAUUUGGGAUCUGCGCUUUAACACGAGAAAGGAGAAGCGCAAGUACAAUAGUACGCGACGGGGGUACAAAGAAAGAAUACGCAGUUUUAUUCGUGCACAUGACAAUACAAUAGCCCUGAAGGGCGACAGAACGACUCCGAUCCUGACAUAAUAAUGAUGGCGGAGGCCGAUGCGGAAGAGAACGUGUACCGCGAGGCUGUGGCGGAGUCGCCUGUUGCGCCCCCUAAUGGCGACAUUAACAUUGACGACCUGUUACCCGACGGUCCUCAGGGGAAUAUUCAAGGACAGAUGGAGGAGUUCCUGGGACCCCAGCCGGAGUACGAUGAGGAAGAGGAGGAGAAGAAGUAUUACAGGAGGAAGAAGCUGGGCGUGGUGAAGAACGUCCUGGGGGCCAGCGUCGGGGGCAUGAUCAUAUACAGCGUCUACAUGGGCCUGUUGCAGAUGCAGCUGAUCCUCCACUAUGAUGAGACGUACAGGGAGGUGAAGUAUGGUAACCUGGGUCUGGAGGACAUCGACAAGAAGAUGCUGAUGGGGAUCAACGUUACACCCAUCAUAGCCCUGUUAUACACCCCCAUACUCAUCAGGUUUCUGGGCACCAAGUGGAUGAUGUUUCUGGCAAGUGGAAUUUACGCUCUCUUCGUCUCAACCAAUUACUGGGAGCGAUACUACACCCUGGUACCAUCGGCUGUGGCCAUUGGUGCAGCCAUUGUCCCGCUGUGGGCGUCGUUAGGGAACUACAUCACAAGGAUGGCACAACAGUACUAUGAGUAUGUGAACUAUAAGGAGGAUCACGUUCAGGAACAGAAGAAACUACCCAAGGGGGCGUGUCAUCGCUAUGUCAUCAUCUUCCAAUCCGUGUUCUUCAUCAUCUUCCAUCUCAGCCUGGUGUUUGCAGAGUUCCCCCAGCGCCUCUUCCUCCACCAGUUCCUUAGUGACUACAACCACACACUGUACAACGUUAAACACUGUGGUGCGGAGGGCAGUGGUAUGAUCGAGGGUUUCAACAGGACUGUCCUGAAGCACCUCCCUCGCUCCCUGCUGCUCAUCCAGGUGGAGAGUGUUCUCAUGGGGGCCGCCUUCCUCUCCAUGAUCAUCUUCCUGGCGGUGUGCGGGGCUGCGUACCGCCCCACAGAGGAGAUCGAUCUGAGGAGUAUCGGCUGGGGGAACAUCUUCCAGUUGCCCUUCAAACACCUGAGAGACUACAGGCUGAGACUCCUCAUCCCCUUCUUCAUCUACAGUGGACUGGACUCACUCUUCUCUGUCACGGGACUCACUCUGUCGUAUGGUGUGUGUACGGUGGGUCUGGAGUGGCUGUAUCUCCUGGUGAUGGUCUAUGGUCUGUCCUGCUCCCUGUUCUCUUGCCUGUCCCUGUCCCUCCUCAGGCUGCCACGCUACGUCUCUCUGCUAGGGGGCGCUGUGAUCCACGGUCCUCUGCUGGUGUUCCUGCUGUUCUGGUCCCCGGCUCCACGCUCACCUGAUCAACUGCCUUACCUGCUGGUGGUGAUUGCCCUCUGGGGAAUGGGGUCUGCAUUGAAUAAGACUGGACUCAGCAUUCUCCUGGGUAUGUUGUAUGAAGAUAAAGAGAGACUGGACUUUGUCUACACCAUAUAUCACUGGUGGCAGGCUAUCGCCAUCUUCAUAGUCUACCUGUGGACUGGACUCAUCAUGAGGGCCAAACUCUCCAUUCUAUUGGUCAUCUUGCUGCUGGCGUGCUUCUGUUAUUGGACGAUGGAGCGACGCCUGGCCAAGAACAUGCAAUUCAGACUGCCUCGCAUUCCCCGCCCCAAACACAAGGUCAAAGGUUAUCGUUACCUGGAGGAGGAAAACUCAGAUGAGUCGAAUUCGGAGGAGAGUGAUGAGGAUGAUGAUGAAGAGCAGCAGGAGGAGGUGAUCAGGGAGGACUUUGGCGGAGACGCAGGGUCGCAGGGCUCUGAUUCGACCAGGGAGAGGAGAGGAGGGGCUAGGGGUCGGCGCAGGAGGCGAGACGAUGAUUAUGAGCAAGCAGGGGCAAGGGAGGAGAGAGAGGAGGAGAGAGGGAUAGAGAAGGAGUGAACGAGCAAAAAAUAGUUAGAGAGACAGAGAGAGAGUGAGUCCUUUAGCUAUCCUCUAGGUGUCCUCUAGCUAUCCUCUUGGUGUCCUCUAGCUAUCCUCUAGGUGUCCUCUAGCUAUCCCCUUGGUGUCCUCUAGCUAUCCUCUAGGUAUCCUCUAGGUGUCCUCUAGCUAUCCUCACGCUAUCCUCUAGGUAUCCUCUAGCUAUCCUCUAGCUAUCCUCUAGGUGUCCUCUAGGUAUCCUCUUGGUGUCCUCUAGCUAUCCUCUAGCUGUCCUCUAGCUGUCCUGUAGCUAUCCUCUAGCUGUCCUCUAGCUGUCCUCUAGGUAUCCUCUAGCUGUCCUCUAGGUAUCCUCUAGCUGUCCUCUAGGUAUCCUCUAGCUGUCCUUUAGGUAUCCUCUAGCUGUCCUCUAGCUAUCCUCUAGGUAUCCUCUAGCUGUCCUCUAGCUGUCCUCUAGGUAUCCUCUAGCUGUCCUCUAGCUAUCCUCUAGCUGUCCUCUAGGUAUCCUCUAGCUGUCCUCUAGGUAUCCUCUAGCUGUCCUCUAGCUGUCCUCUAGGUAUCCUCUAGCUGUCCUCUAGCUAUCCUCUAGCUGUCCUCUAGGUAUCCUCUAGCUGUCCACUAGGUAUCCUCUAGCUGUCCUCUAGCUGUCCUCUAGGUAUCCUCUAGCUGUCCUCUAGGUAUCCUCUAGCUGUCCUCUAGCUGUCCUCUAGGUAUCCUCUAGGUAUCCUCUAGCUGUCCUCUAGCUGUCCUCUAGGUACUUUCCCCAGUCCAGCUCUCUUACAUCAGUGCAGAUUAAGGAAAGGAGUUGAAUCAGAAGAAGAGAAAAAACAGGUGUGUCUCAAAUGUAACCCUUUUCACUUCAUAGUGCCCUACUUUUGACCCCGAACUUUAACCCUGGUCAAAAGUUGUGCACUAUGAAUAAGGUCCCAUUUGGAACGCAGACAAUACUGUAUGUAUAGGCUGUAGACAUGCACCUAGAGGGGGAUUGACAUAUAUAGAUAAUAAGCCCAGUCAUAAUUGAAGAGGUUCAUCCACAGGGGGAUAAAACAGAGCGGUACAGGAGGAUAAAACAGAGCGGUACAGGAGGAUAAAACAGAGCGGUACAGGAGGAUAAAACAGAGCGGUACAGGAGGAUAAAACAGAGCGGUACAGGAGGAUUAAACAGAGCGGUACAGGAGGAUAAAACAGAGCGGUACAGGAGGAUAAAACAGAGCGAUACAGGAGGAUAAAACAGAGCGGUACAGGAGGAUAAAACAGAGCAGUACAGGAGGAUAAAACAGAGCGGUGCAGGAGGAUAAAACAGAGCGGUGCAGGAGGAUAAAACAGAGCGGUACAGGAGGAUAAAACAGAGCGGUACAGGAGGAUACAACAGAGCGGUACAGGAGGAUAAAACAGAGCGGUACAGGAGGAUAAAACAGAGCUGUACAGGAGGAAAGAGAAGAACAGGGGAUUUUACACAGAAGGAAAGAGGAUGGAGAGAGGACAGGAAUUCAGUUUCGAAGGUUUCUUAUAACACAACUGAAAAGGGAAGAAGUUAUUUACUCCACUUCAAAUAUAAACCAGUUUCCCUCCGGUGCAUGAUCACAUGGGGCAUGGCCCAAAUGGCACGCUAUUCACUAUAUAGUGCACUCAUUUUGAACAGGGCCCAUUAGGGCUCUGGCCAAAAGUAGUGUACUAUAUAGGGAAUGGGGUGCCAUUUCGGACUCACCCAUACUGUAUAGACACCUGAAACAUAUGUGAAGUUGGGUACAUCACAGGCACUUUUGACAGGGCACAUACAGGGCUCUGGUCAAAAGUAGUGCACUAUAGAGGGAAUAAGGUGCCAUCUGGGACACAGCCUUUGUAUUUCAACAGUAUCACUGUAUUGUUAGUCAGCUGUGUUGUCAUGGUUCCUAGCUCAGGUGUUUUGAGUGGCCUACAUUUUAUGUUAUCAAUGAUUUUGAAAAAGUUGAAUUAUAGUCAUGAAUUAUAAUGAGAAUAAAUUGAUUGUAAUUGUUUUUUAUGACUGUUUUGAAGUUGUUUUCUGAGUAUAAAGCUGGUUUUGUGCCUCUU